GCUAGCAAGGGAGGCUACUAUUUGAGUGCGGCCUUUAUACAAGAGCGGCCUCUGAUCGAGCAUAUACGGUAAUCAAUUUUUGUUUGGCUUGCUCCAAGAACGUAACAAGACAAGGGUUGCACAGGCCUAGUGUCAACUCGACUUACUGUAGACUGGCUAAGACAAGCUAUAGAUUGUUCUUGUCAUUCUUUAUUUCAUUUUAUUUUCAGGUCGGAAUUCCGACCUGACAAAAAAGUUCAGACUAAAGUGCUCAGAUGGUCUCUCCCCUAGGAAGGGCGGCUGAUUCAUGACACUAUCGGUAUACCCUUCCCAACCUCAGAUUGUCUACGCCCUUGGCAGCAGCAUAACUAUUUUGUAUUUGGUGUGUGAGAUGUCAUUGGCUUAACUUGAUUAGUGGGCAACGUGUGUAGUCUAGGGAACCUAUCACAUGCACAGGUCCAUCAUGUCACAUGUCAUUCACCCCACAAAACACGUGCUACUGAAAAAUUGCCGGUAUAGAGUUACCAGUAGCUGAGGAGUUGAGUUGUAGUGUGUGUCUGAGUGGUUUUAGAGAGCCCAAAGUGUUGCCGUGUUGUCACAGCUUCUGUCUCCAUUGUCUGGAAGAAGCUCACGAGAAAACCGAAGACAAGAAAAGCCUCACCUGUCCUCAGUGCAGAGUACAGCAUCAGGUGCCCCCUAAUGGAGUGAAGGGGUUUCUGAAUGACUACACAUUAAUAACAAGCAAGGAGGACACACACACCCCGGCCACUUGUCAGCAGUGCGAGGAUAACAACAAUGCUGUGGCUUAUUGCAACACUUGCUCCCAUAUCUGUGAUAAGUGCUUAACAGCUCACAAAGAAUUCAAAGUGUUUCAUUUGCACGAAAUUGUGAGCUACGAAAGUGAUAACCAGGAAAGUGAAAGCGAAAUUACUGUUCAACUGAGGAAGGCCUACUACUGUACUGUCCACCCACAGGAGAAUCUCAAGUUUUACUGCAAAACCUGUCUAUCGUUGGUAUGUGUGUACUGUUUUGUGAAUAAUCACAACGGCCAUGACAUUGGAAGCAUCGAUGACAAAAUAAGACAAGAAGUGGAACAAAGUAUCAACGAUCUAGUGAAAGAAACAGAUUCGAAAUUGACAGAGUUCACCGAUAAUAUGAAAUACAUCUCUGCUGUCGAAAAAGAGAAAGCAGAAAUUUCAACUCUACUUAAAGUUGAAGUCGAUAAGAAGGUUGAUUGUCUCAUCCAACAACUUGAAGUAAGGCGUAAAGAACUACACAAGGAGAUUGACGAUGCUUGUACGAAAGACCUCAAAGAAUUGUGGGCACAGAAAGAAUACCACGAGACAGCCAUUACGAGCAUGGAGGGUGCUCUGAGCUUUGCCAGAAGAGCUCUAGCCCGCAAGGAAGACACGGAACUACUGGCCCUCUGUGCACAAGUCACCUCCAGACUGAAAGAGCUGAGUCAGCUAAAAUGGGACAUUCAAGAGACUGAGAAAAUCGAAGCAUGUUUAGUGAAUUGGACGCCUGAAACAUCUGACGAAGUUAGUGUCGGAAAAAUUGUUGCUCAUACUUCUGUUCCGACUAUUAAAAUUGAACCUAUUGAAAUGUCGAAUACUUUCAUAUCAGGAGAAAGGGUUGCUUAUAAUUUGAUGGUAGCUUUCGCCAAUACUCCUAAAAAUUUCCAGCUUAGAGAGCAUCAUGAUCUGAAAAUCAGUGGAUCAGCAUCGUGUGAUGGCUCUAGAAAUAUGUAUAGUUUUACCCAAAGACGACACCUACCACAACAUUUCACAGAGAAUGUUGCCGUGGAUGUUGUGAAGUGUCAAAAUGAAUGGACGGUUAGUUUUUUUCCUUCAAGUGGAACUACACGCAUAACUUUAAACCUGACAGCAAGUGGGCAGUAUUGUUAUCAAUCAGUAUCAGCUACUCUUAAAGUUUAUUUAUGCCAGGCUAUGUAGUGUUAUGUACUUGACUUUUAUCUUUAUUUCUUACGAUGUGUUAUACCAUUUGUUGGUUGUCAUUAGUGAAUCCCAGAAUUUCAAAACCUGUAUUGUGCAAGCACAUCUCACAUCACAUCUAUACUUGUUGCAGUAGCCAUGCUUGCAUAGAAUAGAUAUGUGAGCUUCUUAGAACCCCCAGUAUACAUAAUAUUAUGGGUGAAACGGAAAAGGUUGUGGGAUAUCAGCAACAUUGACAAAUGUGUGUAUGUCUGUAAUGCAUGUGGUUAAUACUACAUUUCCAUAUAUGGGCCCGAGCUGAUUAGUGUGGUACAUGCAUGCACGUCACAUGCAAAAACUAGUCAUGCAUAUGUCACAUAAAACAUGUGCUACUGAAAAAUGGCCAGUAUAGAGUUGCCAGUAGCUGAGGAGUUGAGUUGUAGUGUGUGUCUGAGUGGUUUCAGAGAGCCCAAAGUGUUGCCGUGUUGUCACAGCUUCUGUCUCCAUUGUCUGGAGGGAAUUCACGAGAAGACCAAAGACCACCUCACCUGUCCUCAGUGCAGGACACAGCAUCAGGUGCCCCCUAAUGGAGUGAAGGGAUUUCUGGAUGACUACACAUUAAUACCAAGCAAGGAGGACACACACACCCCGGCCACUUGUCAGCAGUGCGAGGAUAACAACAAUGCAGUGGCUUAUUGCAACACCUGCUCCCACAUCUGCAACGAGUGCUUAACAGCUCACAAGCAAUUCAAACUGUUUCGUUUGCACGAAAUUGUGAGCUACGAAAGUGAUGACCAAGAAAUCGAAAGUACUGUUCUGCCGAAGAAGUCCUACUACUGUACCAUUCACCCUGAGGAAGGUCUCAAGCUGUAUUGCAACUCGUGUAUGACGUUGGUGUGUGUACACUGUUUUGUGAGCGCUCACAAUGGUCACGAUAUCAGGAGCAAUGAUGGAGCAAGAAUUAAAGCAGAAGAGACCAUCAAUGAAUUAGUUGAGACCACUGAAUCCAAGUUGAAAGAAUUUGAAGCUACGUGUAAUAAUAUGAAAUACAUCUCGUUUGUUGAAAAGGAGAAAUCAGAACUUUUAACUACACUUAAAGCUCAAGUCGAUAAGAAAGUUGAUGGUCUCAUCCAACAACUUGAAGCAAGGCGUAAAGAACUACUCAAGAAGAUUGACGAUACUUGUACGAAACUCCUCAAAGAAUUGUGGGCACAGAAAGAAUACCACGAGACAGCCAUUACGAGCAUGGAGGGUGCUCUGAGCUUUGCCAGAAGAGCUCUAGCCUGCAAGGAAGACACGGAACUAUUGGCCCUCUGUGCACAAGUCACCUCCAGACUGAAAGAGCUGAGUCAGCUAAAAUGGGACAUUCAUGAGACUGAGAAAAUCGAAAUAAUUGCUGUGGAAUGGAAGCCUGCAACAUAUUUCAAUGUUAGUAACCGUGUCGGGAAGAUUUCUACUCGUUCUAUCCCAACUAUUGACAUUGAACCUAUUGAUAUGCCGACCACCUUUAAACCAGGGGAAGAGUUGACAUUUAAAGUGACAGCAACUUUUCCCAAUACUCUUAAAAAUUUCCAGCUUGAAGAGGACAAUGAUGUGAAGCUCAAUGUAUCAGCGAUGUGUUCAGGCUCUAGAGAAGAAUAUACUGAAUGUGGAUACUAUUCAAAGCACCAAAAGUCCUUCAAAAAGGAAGCUGACAGGCGAACAGUUACUAAAACAGUUACUAAAAGUCAAAAUGAAUGGACGAUUAGUUUUUAUCCUCCAAUUGGAACCUGCAACAUUUCUUUGACCCUAACAGGAAGUACAUGUAUGCAGUUUGGACGCCAAUCACUAAUUACAACUCCUCUACGUUUUGAUUUAAUACCUAUAUCCUGAAUUGACAUUUAUUUAAGAAUUGACCUUUAUGUACACGUACAGUUUAUGCAAGUGAAUCCUCAAUGGCAGGAAUAGCAACAUUAUUAUAUUUUACAAAACCUGUGCUGUGAGUUAUUAUUAAUUUGUUAGUAAUCA